GGCUGGGUUGAUUUUUUUUUCCAAGAGGCUUCCCCACCCACCUGACUCCUGUCUCUUGGUCUGCAGGACUCCAUGUUUUCUCUGGCUUUGAAAUGCCUUAUCAGCCUCUCCACCAUCAUCUUGCUGGGCCUGAUCAUCGCCUACCACACGCGCGAGGUGCAGCUCUUUGUGAUUGACAACGGGGCAGACGACUGGCGCAUUGCCAUGACCUACGAGCGCAUCCUGUACAUCAGCCUGGAGAUGCUGGUCUGCGCCAUCCACCCCAUCCCUGGCGAGUACAAGUUCUUCUGGACAGCACGCCUGGCCUUCUCCUACACGCCGUCGCGGGCCGAGGCAGACGUGGACAUCAUCCUGUCCAUCCCCAUGUUCCUGCGGCUCUACCUGAUCGCCCGCGUCAUGCUGCUGCACAGCAAGCUCUUCACUGAUGCCUCUUCCCGCAGCAUUGGGGCCCUCAACAAGAUCAACUUUAAUACGCGCUUCGUCAUGAAAACGCUCAUGACCAUCUGCCCCGGCACCGUCCUCCUGGUCUUCAGCAUCUCUCUGUGGAUCAUUGCCGCCUGGACCGUCCGUGUCUGCGAAAGGUACCACGACCAGCAGGACGUCACCAGCAACUUCCUGGGUGCCAUGUGGCUCAUUUCCAUCACCUUCCUCUCCAUUGGCUACGGGGACAUGGUCCCUCACACCUACUGCGGCAAGGGCGUCUGCCUCCUCACCGGCAUCAUGGGGGCUGGCUGCACCGCACUGGUGGUGGCUGUGGUGGCCCGAAAACUGGAGCUCACAAAGGCUGAGAAGCACGUGCACAACUUCAUGAUGGACACACAGCUGACAAAGCGGAUCAAGAACGCUGCGGCCAAUGUCCUCCGCGAGACAUGGCUUAUCUACAAACAUACCAAGCUGCUCAAGAAGAUCGACCAUGCCAAAGUCCGGAAGCACCAGAGAAAGUUCCUUCAAGCCAUUCACCAGUUGCGAAGCGUGAAGAUGGAGCAGCGGAAGCUGAGUGACCAGGCCAACACACUAGUCGAUCUUUCCAAGAUGCAGAAUGUCAUGUACGACCUGAUCACGGAGCUGAACGACCGCAGCGAGGACCUGGAGAAGCAGAUCGGCAGCCUGGAGUCCAAGCUGGAGCAGCUGGCAGCCAGCUUCCACUCGCUGCCCCUGCUUGUCGCCGAUGCGCUGCGCCAGCAGCAGCAGCAGCUGCUGGCAGCCGUGAUGGAGGCGCGGGGCGUCAGCGUGACUGUGGGCACCCCCCAGACGCCGCUGUCCGACAGCCCCAUCGGGGUCAGCUCCACCUCCUUCCCCACCCCGUACACCAGCUCCAGCAGCUGCUAGGCUGCCGCUCCCAGCCCUCCACGCUGGCGAAGCCUCUGCACACGCCGGCUCUCUCCUGGUUCUCUUAUGCUGCGGCCCCUGGGACCAAGCCAGCGCAAGGAGCCGGGCAGGACUGAUGCCGCAGCAUGCCCAGCCCUCCACAACAUCGGCCUGGAGCCCAGCACUGCCUGCAGGCAGUGAAGGGAGCGGCGGGCCUGUGCUGCAAUGCCCGUGGACAGCAGGAGUCCACGCUCAAUCUCAGGUCUUCACAUGGAAAAAAUGGGGCGGGCCACAGGCUGCUCAGUGGGAGCUUCCUCCCCUGCCCCACGCCACGGGGAAAGGGCAGGGGCAGUUUGCAGGCCACGACCUGGAUCUCCCCCCUGCCCCCCCCACUCGCCCCCCACCUUCAGGGCAGUGCCAACGAUGCCAAUUUUGCACAGGCCCUGACUGAAGAGGCUGGCUCUCCACCGUGCCUGCACC